UAUUCAUUUUUUUCACACAAAUAAUAUAUAUAUUUUUCAAUAAGAAUGUUUGCCUUUUCAAAUUCACAUGCAUAUUGGACAAAUUAGUAGAAGUUAAAGAGGUAUUAUUGAAUACAUCAAUUUAAGUAGAAUGACCACUAACAUACCGUUACUUGCAAUUUAAGUAGAAUGACCAUUAACAUACCCAAUAAAUAAUUGUAUUAAAAUUAUAGAAAAUUUAUUAUUUAUAAUAAUAUAUGAUUAAAUAACAAUAUUUGGUAAAAUUUGCAUUGGUAAAUGUAGAGCACAAUAAUGGCAGAAAUUUGAAUAGACGUUUGAAUUGUUUUUAAUUAUUUUACGUUUUUUUUACAAUUUGAUUAAGAGAAUUGUUCAAUUAUUAAAUAAUAAAUGUGGUUCAAUAUUUUGAUAUUUAGGGGUAAAUUGGUCUUUCAACUUUUAUCUUUGAGGCUUCAUGCUUAUAAUAAUAUAUGAUAUGAUAUGAUUGAUAUUGAAAGGUUCAUUUUGACUCAGGUGAGGAAGAUGGAUUUAGGGGGCGACUCUUUUUCAAAGAGGAGAACUAGCAACAAUUUGUAAAACAUAUAGUGGAGAUAGUUGAAAAGAGGAAUGAGUUGAGUCAAACUGGAAAUUCUACGAAUGGAAGGAAAAGAAAAAAGAUGGAGACUUCUGGAGGUGACGAGAGAAAUGUAAAAAACAAUGGGAGGAGAAAGUUCAGUCGAGGAACUUCUGAGUACUUCAUGAAACAGACUUUCGUCGAGCAUGUAUCUGAUGAUGAUGAUUCGUCAUCGAAGGAGACCGAUCCUGAUGUUGAUAUUGUUGCGGAGGAGGAGGAAGAGGAGGUGGAGACAGACCCUGAUGUUGUUAACGUUGCGGAAGGAAGGAGGAGGUGGAGACUGAACAUGAUAGUUAACGUUGCGGAAAGAAGGAGGAGGUGGAGACUGAACAUGAUAGUUAACGUUGCGGUGGGAUAUGAGGAGGAGAGUGUCCUGAUGCAGUUAUCAUUAUGGAGAAGGAGGUGGUGGAGACUGAUCCUGAUGUUGUUAACGUUGCGAGGAGGAGGAGGUGGAGACUGAUCCUGAUAUUGUUAGCGUUGCGGAGGAGGGGGAUGAUGAUGAGGAGAGUGAUCCUAAUUUUGUUAUCGUUACGGAGGAGAGGUGGAGAGUGAUCCUGACGAUUAAAUUUGAGGAGGUGGAUGAGGUGGAAACUGAACCUGAUGUAGUUAAUGUAGCGGAGGGGUAGGAGGAGGAGAGUGAUUCUGAUGUUUUUAUUAUUGAGGAGAAGGCGGCUUCAAUUUUGAAUGUAACUGAUGAGGUUGUUUCUUCUAAGUCAAAUAUGUGCAGGACAGGAGACAAAUCCAAAGAGUUUACUAAUACAACCUCAUAUUCUAAGUCAACAUUCGAAUCUUCAACUGGUUCUCUUCGAAACAAUCCGAAGAAGAUUCUUGGAGAGUCUGAGUUUCUGAUGUUUACGUUGAUUCAAUACAAAUGUCGUGAAGAAGAUUACGAUUUUUUAAUCAAUCAACAAUAAACUUCAUAAAUUCAGACUCUUCAAAAAUCUUCUUCGAACUCUUUCGAAAAACAUCAUUUGAAGAUUCAAAUUCUGAUUUAGAAUAUGAGGUUGUAUCCGUAAGCUUUUUGGGUUUUUCCUCUAUCCUGCACAUGUUUGACUUGGAAGAAACAACCUCAUCUGUUGCAUUCAACAUAUGAGGCGUCUUCUCCUCAAUGAUAAAAACGUCAUGAUCUAUUUGCUCAUCCUCAUUAUCCUCAUCCUCCUCUUCCGCAACGUAACAACAUCAGGUUUAGUCUCCUCCUCCUCCUCUUUUGUAACGAUAAUAACUUUAGGACCCUUCUCCUCCUCCGCCAUGUUAACAUCAUCAGGUUUAGUCUUCACAUCCUCCCCCUCCUGCCACGUUAACAACAUCAGGAUCACUCUCCACCUCUUCCUCCGCAACGACAACAACAUCAGGUUCAGUCUCUACCUCCUCUUCCUCUUCCGUAGCGAUAACAACAUCAAGAUCAUUAUUAUCCUCCUCCUUAAUAGUAACAACAUCAGGCCAUUUCUCGUUAGUCUAUUUCUCGCAAGUCCACAACGAAAGGCCAUUUCUCGUGAGUCCCAUCGUCCAACCAUGUUUCACACCCACAUUCACAUGUUGUGUAUCCCAAAUUAGUAAUCGCACGGUCACAAUUUCGUCACGACCAUCUUGAAAUUGAGCCAUCCCUUGAAUCCAUAAACAAGGACCUGAGUCAAAUCGCAUAACCAUUAGCAUACUAAAAAUUGAUAAGAAAAUAGUUAAGUUGAUUUUAGACUUUCAAAAUGACAAAUAUUUUGACAAAGACGAAGUCGUACCAAGAGAAAAAUGUACCAUCUGAAUCGAUAAUCCGAACCUAUAAUUUGGUUAUUGGGUCAAUGGUUCAGGUUAAUGGCUUAACAUUUUGAAUCUCAAUUUACC